GUGAUGGCAGCGAGCAACCACGGUGGAGAUUGCUGCAAGAACGGGCCGGGUUACGCCACGCCUCUCCUCGCAAUGUCUGGUCCACGCGAGAAACUCAUUUAUGUCGCUGCCAUAUACACCGGAACCGGUCAAGACAAGCCAGAUUACUUAGCAACGGUAGAUGUGGAUCCGAGUUCAUCGACAUACUCUAGUGUCAUCCAUAGAUUAUCAAUGCCUUAUCUUGGAGACGAGCUUCAUCACUCAGGCUGGAACUCGUGCAGCUCUUGCUAUAGUGACCCUUCUUGCGAUAGACGUUAUCUCAUCUUGCCCUCUCUUCUGUCUGGUCGUAUCUACGUGAUUGAUACUAAAACAAACCCGAAGGAACCAUCUCUGUACAGAGUGGUAGAGCCUGCAGAGGUUUUGGAGAAGACGGGAUUAGCUUAUCCGCAUCAACCGCAUUGUUUAGCCUCUGGAGAUCUGCUUGUGUCUUGUCUUGGGGACAAAGAUGGAAACGCAGGAGGCAGUGGGUUUCUCCUACUUGAUUCCGACUUUAACGUCAAAGGAAGGUGGGAGAAAGAAGGAAACAGUCCUUUGUUUGGGUAUGAUUUCUGGUACCAACCUCGGCACAAGACAAUGAUCAGUACCUCUUGGGGAGCACCGGCCGCAUUUACCAAAGGCUUUGAUCUAAAAGACGUCUCUGAUGGCUUGUAUGGAAAACAUCUACAUGUCUAUAGUUGGCCCGAAGGUGAACUGAAACAGAUACUUGACCUUGGUGAUACCGGUCUUUUACCCUUAGAGAUAAGAUUCUUGCAUGACCCGGAUAAAGCUAUGGGAUUUUCAGGAUGUGCGUUGUCAAGUACUAUAGUGAGGUUCUUCAAGAACGAGGAUGAAACAUGGAGCCACGAGGUGGCGAUUUCGGUGGAACCUCUGAAAGUUGAAAACUGGAUCCUCCCUGAAAUGCCAGGGCUUAUCACCGACUUCUUAAUAUCACUCGACGACCGAUUCCUCUAUUUUUCCAACUGGCUUCACGGAGAUAUUCGUCAAUACAACAUCGAGGACCCUAAAAACCCGGUUUUAACCGGUCAACUACACGUAGGCGGGCUAAUACAAAAAGGAAGCCAUGUCUUGGCCUUUGGAGAAGAAGGCAAUACCUUUCAGUUCGAUAUACCUGAGAUCAAGGAUCAGCGUCUGAGAGGAGGUCCUCAGAUGUUUCAGCUGAGCCUAGACGGGAAGCGAUUGUACGUGACGAACUCGUUGUUUAGUGUUUGGGACAAACAGUUUUACCCAGAGCUUGUGGAGAAAGGCUCACACAUGUUGCAGAUUGAUGUUGACAUAGACAAAGGUGGUCUCUCCAUAAACCCUAAUUUCUUCGUCGACUUUGGGUCUGAACCGGAUGGUCCUGCACUCGCUCACGAGAUGAGAUAUCCUGGCGGAGACUGCACCUCCGAUAUCUGGGUUUAGCUCUCUCUUUUUUUUUCACUACACAAACGAUUUCUAUGGGA